UUACAAUAUGGCCACUGUAGCGUUGCAAUGAAGAACUCGUUCGCGUGUUCUCUUUAGUGCGAUCUAAAAAGGUGUUCAAGACGAUUGCUCGGAGUACCGUAAAAGGUAACAGCAGAUUGCGAAAUUUCCAUUUGAAACCAUCUUCACAAAAGAGAAGGCGGUUUGUUUAUGAGACGCGUCUGUGAAACAAAAGAAGAGAUGGAUAUGCGCGCAUCCUCCGCGUCUCUCCUGGAAGAAGAACUCGCCUCUGCUAUCGAGCCUGCAGUGAAAGCGGCUGUGCUGAGCGUCAUGUCUGCAUUAGCAAAGUUCGUGGACAGUAAAUGUGCAGUUUUCCACCUCAGACUGGACGAGAGAGACCACGAAUUCGAAAGCGUGAGAUUGCGAUUGGAAAUAGCGGAGAGCGAGUUGAAAGCCGUAAGCGAACGAAAAUACCCGAACACUGGCGAGAACGCUGCACAGUCUGUCACGAACACCAGUGAACAGCACAUCGAUAUCAUCCAUCAACCGAGAAGGCAGAAGGAAGGGCACCGUGUGAAACGCCUCUCAUUUUUCAGGGAGGAUGAAGCUGUAAGUCACGAAUUCAGCGACAGUAUUGUUGCUCACGGGCUGCCAGCCACUACACGCGAUUACUCCACUCUACCAGCUCAGCCAGUCCGGGAGCCGGAGCAUGCAGUCCACACCGCACUGAAAAACUCCCGGGUUUUAAUCCAGGAGGAUGGAAGCUAUUCCGAGCAGGACCUGCUGAUGCGAGGUGAUGAACAGAUGGGCCACACAAGCACAGCGGGGUGGAGAAGAGCAGUGAAAGGUCCUGCACAGAGAAAUGCUCUCCUCCAUGCUGAGGACGGGUCGAAGGCAGAAUCAGCUCCCAUUCAAGAGGAGCUCUUUGCCCAGGAAUGGUGCAGGAGUCCAAAGCAGGCUACAGAGCUGACAUCUAUUGAAGGGAAGGAGGAGGAGGAACCUGCACUAGAUCCUGAGCACAUUAAUGAAGAGAUCCCUGGAAUUGAACCGGUCAUCAUUAAAGAGGAGGUUCCUGAACUUGAAUCUGACCCCGUUGAAGAGGGGGGUUCUGACCACUUUGAAAGACGGCAGCAAAUUCAGACAGGUGAGAAACUGCAUCUCUGCCUUGUAUGUGGGAAGAGUCUCAGUACGUCAACAGAGCUGAAAAGACACCACCGAAUUCACACAGGGGAAAGACCGUACUGCUGCUCUGAAUGUGGAAAGAGUUUCAAUACCUCUACAGAUCUGAAAAGACACCGUCGCAUUCAUACAGGAGAGAAGCCGUAUUCCUGCACUCAGUGUGAGAAGAGUUUCAAACAGCUGCAGCAUCUUAAAACACACCAGCAAAUUCACUAUGGAAAGAAGCUGUAUCACUGUAAUGUAUGUGAGAAGAGUUUCACUCAGCUAGGAACCCUGACAUUGCAUCAGAGAAUGCACACAGGAGGGAAGCUGUAUCACUGCACUGACUGCACAAAGGAUUUCAAUACAGCAGCAGAGCUCAAGAUACACCAGCGAUCUCAUACAGGAGAGAAACCGUAUAGCUGCACUCAUUGUGAGAAGAGUUUCAAACAAGUAUCCCACCUCAAAGCCCACCAGCGCAUUCACACGGGACAGAAACAGUAUCAUUGUGCUGACUGUGAUAAGAGUUUCAUUCUGUCUACAGAUCUCAAAAGACAUCAACGAAUUCACACCGGAGAGAAGCCGUAUAGCUGUGAUCACUGUGGGAAGAGAUUCAAUCGGGCAGGAAAUCUGGUGUCACACCUUCGGAUUCACACAGGGGAGCAGUCAACUCACUGCGCUCAAUUGAAGAUGUCUGGAAGAGGAAAGACCGGCGGUAAAGCCCGUGCUAAGGCAAAGACUCGCUCCUCCAGGGCCGGGCUGCAGUUUCCAGUCGGCCGUGUCCACAGGCUGCUGCGGAAGGGAAACUAUGCCCAGCGUGUCGGCGCUGGAGCCCCGGUCUAUCUGGCCGCUGUGCUCGAGUACCUGACUGCUGAAAUCCUGGAGCUGGCCGGGAACGCCGCCCGGGACAACAAGAAAACCCGAAUCAUCCCGCGUCACCUGCAGCUCGCUGUGCGCAACGACGAGGAGCUCAACAAGCUGAUGGGAGGCGUGACCAUCGCUCAGGGCGGAGUGCUGCCCAACAUCCAGGCCGUGCUGCUGCCCAAGAAAACCGAGAAGCCAGCCAAGAAGAAGCAGCUCGCUACCAAGGCUGCCCGAAAGAGCGCUCCCGCUACCGGCGGCGUGAAGAAGCCUCACCGCUACAGACCCGGCACUGUGGCUCUGAGAGAGAUCCGCCGCUAUCAGAAAUCCACCGAGCUGCUGAUCCGCAAGCUGCCCUUCCAGCGGCUGGUCAGAGAAAUCGCUCAGGAUUUCAAGACUGAUCUGCGCUUCCAGAGCUCCGCUGUCAUGGCGCUGCAAGAGGCUAGCGAGGCUUACCUGGUCGGGCUCUUUGAGGACACCAACCUGUGUGCCAUUCACGCCAAGAGAGUCACCAUCAUGCCCAAAGACAUCCAGCUGUUCCAGUUCAGACAGUCUUCACUUCAGCAGAGGAUAAAAGAACGCAUCGUGUUUAUGAGACGCGUCUCUGAAAUGAAAGAAGAGAUGGAUAUGCGCGCAUCCUCCGCGUCUCUCCUGGAAGAAGAACUCGCCUCUGCUAUCGAGCCUGCAGUGAAAGCGGCUGUGCUGAGCGUCAUGUCUGCAUUAGCAAAGUUCGUGGACAGUAAAUGUGCAGUUUUCCACCUCAGACUGGACGAGAGAGACCACGAAUUUGAAAGCGUGAGAUUGCGAUUGGAAAUAGCGGAGAGCGAGUUGAAAGCCGUAAGCGAACGAAAAUACCCGAACACUGGCGAGAACGCUGCACAGUCUGUCACGAACACCAGUGAACAGCACAUCGAUAUCAUCCAUCAACCGAGAAGGCAGAAGGAAGGGCACCGUGUGAAACGCCUCUCAUUUUUCAGGGAGGAUGAAGCUGUAAGUCACGAAUUCAGCGACAGUAUUGUUGCUCAUGGGCUGCCAGCCACUACACGCGAUUACUCCACUCUACCAGCUCAGCCAGUCCGGGAGCCGGAGCCUGCAGUCCACACCGCACUGAAAAACUCCCGGGUUUUAAUCCACGACGAUGGAAGCUAUUCCGAGGAGGACCUGCUGAUGCGAGGCGAUGAACAGAUGGGCCACACAAGCACAGCGGGGUGGAGAAGAGCAGUGGAAGGUCCUGCACAGAGAAAUGCUCUCCCUCAUGCUGAGGAAGGGUUGAAGGCAGAAUCAGCUCCCAUUCAAGAGGAGCUCUUUGCCCAGGAAUGGUGCAGGAGUCCAAAGCAGGGUACAGAGCUGACAUCUAUUGAAGGGAAGGAGGAGGAGGAACCUGCACUAGAUCCUGAGCACAUUAAUGAAGAGAUCCCUGGAAUUGAACCGGUCAUCAUUAAAGAGGAGGUUCCUGAACUUGAAUCUGACCCCGUUGAAGAGGGGGGUUCAGACCACUUUGAAAGAUGGCAGCAAAUCCACACAGGAGAGCAACUGCAUCUCUGCCUUGUAUGUGGGAAGAGUCUCAGUACAUCAACAGAGCUGAAAAGACACCACCGAAUUCACACAGGGGAAAGACCAUACUGCUGCUCUGAAUGUGGAAAGAGUUUCAAUACCUCUACAGAUCUGAAAAGACACAGUCGCUUUCACACUGGAGAGAAGUUACACCAUCUUAAAACACACCAGCAAAUUCACUAUGGAAAGAAGCUGUAUCACUGUAAUGUAUGUGAGAAGAGUUUCACUCAGCUAGGAACCCUGACAUUGCAUCAGAGAAUGCACACAGGAGGGAAGCUGUAUCACUGCACUCAAUGCGCAAAGGAUUUCAAUACAGCAGCAGAGCUCAAGAUACACCAGCGAUCUCACACAGGAGAGAAACCAUAUCGAUGCACUCAGUGUGAGAAGGGUUUCAAACAACUUUCCCACCUUAAAACCCACCAGCGCAUUCACACAGGAGAGAAACAGUAUCAUUGUGCUGACUGUGGGAAAAGUUUCAUUCUGUCUGCAGACCUGAAAAGACACCAACGAAUUCACACAGGAGAGAAACCUUAUAGCUGCACUGAGUGUGAGAAGAGUUUCAAUCAAGUAUCCCACCUUAAAUCCCAUCGGCGAAUUCACACCGGAGAGAAGCCGUAUAGCUGUGAUUAUUGUGGGAAGAGAUUCACUCGGGCAGGAUAUCUGAUGUCACACCUUAGGGUUCACACAGGGGAGCAGUUCCAGUUCAGACAGUCUUCACUUCAGCAGAGGUUAAAAGAACGCAUCGUGUUUAUGAGACGCGUCUCUGAAACGAAAGAAGAGAUGGAUAUGCGCGCAUCCUCCGCGUCUCUCCUGGAAGAAGAACUCGCCUCUGCUAUCGAGCCUGCAGUGAAAGCGGCUGUGCUGAGCGUCAUGUCUGCAUUAGCAAAGUUCGUGGACAGUAAAUGUGCAGUUUUCCACCUCAGACUGGACGAGAGAGACCACGAAUUUGAAAGCGUGAGAUUGCGAUUGGAAAUAGCGGAGAGCGAGUUGAACGCGAUGCGGGGCGGAGAAUACGCGAGCACUGGCGAUAAAAACUUUACGCAAUCCCUCACCAGCACUAAAACGCAAUACCCCGGGAGCGACAGUGUUGUUGCUCACGGCUUGCCAGCGCGGGAUUUUUCUACUGUUCCAGUUCAGCCAAUCAGGGAGCCGGAGCCCGCAGUCCACACCGCAAUGAAAACCUCUCAGGUCUUAAUCCAGGAGGAUGGAAGCUAUUCCGAGCAGGGCCUGCUGAUGCGAGGUGAUGAACAGAUGGGCCACACAAGCACAGCGGGGUGGAGAAGAGCAGUGAAAGUUCCUGCACAGAGAAAUGCUCUCCCCCAUGCUGAGGAAGGGUCGAAGGCAGAAUCAGCUCCCAUUCAAGAGGAGCUCUUUGACCAGGAAUGGUGCAGGAGUCCAAAGCAGGGUACAGAGCUGACAUCUAUUGAAGGGGAAAAGGAAGAGGAAGAGGAGGAGGAGGAGGAAGAAGAGGAGGAACCUGCAGUAGAUCCUGAGCACAUUAAUGAAGAGAUCCCUGGAAUUGAACCGGUCAUCAUUAAAGAGGAGGUUCUUGAACUUGAAUCUGACCCCAUUGAAGAGGGGGGUUCAGACCACUUUGAAAGACGGCAGCAGAUUCACACAGGAGAGCAACUGCAUCUCUGUACUGUUUGUGGGAAGAGUCUCAGUACGUUAACAGAGCUGAAAAGACACCACCGAAUUCACACAGGAGAAAGACCGUACUGCUGCACUGAAUGUGGAAAGAGUUUCAAUACCUCUACAGAUCUGAAAAGACACCGUCGCUUUCACACUGGAGAGAAGUUACACCAUCUUAAAACACACCAGCAAAUUCACUAUGGAAAGAAGCUGUAUCACUGUAAUGUAUGUGAGAAGAGUUUCACUCAGUUAGGAACCCUGACAUUGCAUCAGAGAAUGCACACAGGAGGGAAGCUGUAUCACUGCACUCAAUGCGCAAAGGAUUUCAGUACAGCAGAAGAGCUCAAGACACACCAGCGAUCUCACACAGGAGAGAAACCGUAUCGCUGCAGUGAGUGUCAGAAGUGCUUCAAUCAAUUAUCCCGCCUUAAAUCCCACCAGCGAAUUCACACAGGAGAGAAGCCAUAUAGCUGUGAUUACUGUGGGAAGAGAUUCACUCUGUCUACUGACUUGAAACGACACCAGCGAAUUCACACAGGAGAGAAACCGUAUAACUGUACUGAUUGUGAGAAGAGUUUCAAUCAGUUAUCCCACCUUAAAGCCCACCAGCGAAUUCACACGGGAGAGAAGCCAUAUAGCUGUGAUCACUGUGGGAAGAGAUUCACUCGAGCAGGAAAUCUGGUGUCACACCUUCGGGUUCACAGAGGGAAGCAGCCGACUCACUGAGCUCAAUAAGAGAGAUUUUAUUUUCCACUCCCAGUUGAAGAAGCACACAGUAUCCAGACACUUCAAUAGGAGCAGCAGCACUGUACCUUCAUCACAAGAAGACUCAGUCUAGUGGAAACUGAGAGUAUACAAGACCCUGAGAUGCAAUUGGAGUUUUUGAUUUCUUUGACUUUUUGAUCCCUUUGUCAAAGUUAACCCUGAUUGUCUGAGUUAUUAAAAUGUAAAUCCUGGAAAGGACUUGUAUGAUUUUUUUUGCUUGGAUGUAUAUUAUAGUUUCAUGAGUACAAGCUUCAUUUAAUUCAUAUUCACAGAGCCAGUCUGUCAGAUUCCUGUCGUUCAACACUGCAGAGAUCAGAAAGCUCAAU